CCUCAAUGUAACGUCAAAGAAGACUUUUGCAACUUGUAGUUUUUUUCGUGUCCGUGGAUUUUGUGCGGAAAAAUGUAUCCCUGAGCGGUGAAAAGGCUCAAAAUUCUCAGAGGAAAAUUGUGAAAGUGACGUAGUAGGUGGUUUGUGAUUACGUGGAAGUCCUCAAGAUUUGUUUCUAAUCGAAUUAGCGAUAAGUGCGUAGUGCUACGUGUGUUUUUUUUUGGGCAGCAAAGUGCUGAGAAGCGGCGGAAAUUGGCAGCCCAAGUCUGUGAGAGGAAGUUGAGUGAACCGUGUCUUGAAUGUUUGUCUUUCUUCUCCUUCCGAUUUCGUAGAAGACUAAAUUGGCAAAUUUUUAAGUGGACACCACCAUGUCCCACCACAGCGACGAGCAGCUCCUGCAGGCUGGCAGUGACUCCUUCUGGGAGCCAGGGAAUUACAAGAGAACCACCAAGAGGAUAGAGGAUGGCUACAAACUCUGCACAGACCUUCAGACACUGAUCCAGGAUCGUGCGGAGAUUGAAAAGGCUUACGCCAAGAGCCUCCGGACGUGGUCCAAGAAGUGGGGCGAUCUCAUUGAGAAAGGCCCUGAGUAUGGGACAAUUGAGGCAGCUUGGAAGGGAAUACUCACGGAAGCUGAUCGCCUAUCGGACGUUCACCUGAAAAUUAAGGAGAAUCUCCUUGGUGAUGUGAGCAAUCAGAUAAAGACGUGGCAAAAGGAUAAUUAUCACAAAACAAUGAUGCAAAUAAAAGAGAGAAAAGAAAUGGAAGAACUCUUCAAGAAGGCACAGAAACCAUGGGCCAAACAUCUUGCAAAGGUGGAGAAGGCAAAGUCUGACUACCAUUCGGCGUGCAAGACGGAGAAAACGGCAACAAAUCAAGAGCGGAAUGCCAGUGCCGAUAGUUCACUGUCUCCUGAUCAGGUGAAAAAGAUGCAAGAUCGCGUUCAACGCACGAAGGAUGAGGUGCAAAAGUGCCGGGAGAAGUAUGAGCAAUCCCUGAGUGAGAUAAAUAAGUACAAUCCAGUCUACAUUGAGGAUAUGACUUCGGUAUUUGAAAAGUGCCAACAAAUGGAGGAGACACGCCUGCGGUUCAUCAAGCAAGUCCUCUUCGCCAUACACAAGUCCCUCAAUAUUUCGGAAGAGCCAAGUUUGCCGCAAAUCUACGAGGAAUUCUAUCAUACAAUUAACAAUGCGGACCACCAGAAGGACCUCAAGUGGUGGUCCAAUAAUCACGGUGUCAACAUGGCAAUGAAUUGGCCAGCAUUUAUCGAGUACACUGAAGAAUUCCGCGACAUUGCCAAAGGGAAUAAGUCGAAGGAAGCCCUUCCAGCUGCACCGAUUACAUUGAUCCAUCAACGACCCGUUGGAGAUGAUUUGCAUGAUUAUCCACCACCACCGAGCAGCAAAGGUACAUCCAAUCGUACGUCGGUGAAUUUGAGCGUGAAGAAUUCCAGUGCAUCCAGAAAUUCCGCAAAUAUGGAUUCCCCCAAGUCAGAGAGCAAUGCAAAGAGUGAGGUGUCACCGAGUCGUCAAUCAGCGAUUACAACAAAUGGGAACGGAAAAUCGGAUCAGAAUCCAUUUGAUGAGGAAGAAUGGGACGAAGGGGAUGCAGCUGAGAAUGUUCUCGUGGACAAUGGGGAGCCGGGUGUUCCUGUGAAAGCGCUCUACGACUACGAAAGUGCUGAAAGUGAUGAGCUGACCUUCAAACAAGGUGAAGUUUUUGAAAAAUUGGAGGAUGAGGAUGAACAGGGUUGGUGCAAAGGAAGAAAAAAUGGAAAAGUGGGUCUAUAUCCUGCAAAUUACGUUGAAGUGGUGGAAGGAUAAAACAAAAAAAGAAAAACUUUUUAAGAAAAUAGAUGAAAAAAUGAAAAUCACACACACAACACCUCCUAGAGAAGAAGAAAAAUGAGGAAAGUAUGAUUACUUGUUAAUUAUAGUAUGAAGAUGAGAUACAUAAUCUAUUAACUAGAGAAAGAAAGAGAGUGAGAGAGAUUUAUUUAACAACAACAAAAACAGUAAGAAAAGAAAGAAAUCUAUUAAUGUCGCGCCUGGUUUGAAAGGUUCUUUUUGUUUCCAAAGAGGAUUUUAUCUAUAUAAUUUAUCCUCAUAAUUUAAUUAUUAAUUAUUUUCUCUGUUUUUUUUUCAAUUGAAUCGCACUGUUUUUUUUUGUCUUUGUAUUGAAGAGAGAGUCUGUAUAUUUAUGAAUUUUUAUCCAUUCUUUUUCCUCAUUUGGUUGUCAAAGAGCAAAGAAAAAAAAUAACUCCUUUUGAGCCAUUUUAUGUGUCUUAACACGAAAUUCGUAUUUUCCCGCAUCUAUAUAAGAGAAAUUCACAGAAACACAAUUUAUCUUUACAAUUUAUAAUGUUCUCUGUAGUAUUAUUAUAUAAUUUAUAUUAUUUGAUGAUGUUUUUAGAAGUUGUGCGAAGAUAUUGUAUGAAGUUAAGAAGAUGAUUAAAAGCAUCCAGGGUCUGUAUUAUUUUUUUCUUUUGCGUGAAAACUCUUUUUUGAAAAAUUCUUUAAGAAUAAUGAAUGGACGUAGAUUUGGGCAAUGAAUGGACGUAGAAGGUGGAUAAAUAGUAAAGUAGGAGUUAUUAAAAAAAAAUCAGAAACAAAUAAAACAAAACUAUCGAAAUAGCAAAAACUAUUAAAGAAAAAAAAACAAACAGAAGCAUGAAAUAGCAUCGAUAACAGAAAUCAUUUAAUUGAACGUAAAAAAAAAAGAAAAAUCUUCCAAUAAUUUUUAGUAAUGUUAUCUAGAAGAGAGAGAGUCUGUAAUGAUGGAAACUCAAGCAAUUAUAGAGAGAAGAAAAAGAAAAAAAAACUUGUGGGCGAGAGACCAUAAAUUGUGCAUCAAAAAAAUCUUGUAUUCACCCAUAAAAACAUCAACAUUUUUCAAAUAGAAAAAAAAUGGGAAUUUUUCCUCAAAAAUGGAGGAUUUUAAACAACAACCAAUUUUUGAAAAUAAUAAAAACUUUUUGAUGAAUGUAAAACAUCGCAAAA